GCAAUUAUAAGUAACCCAAAAACUUCGGCUCUUCUCUCUCACGUUCGAACUACCACCAGCGGUCGCCAACUUUUUUGCAGUCGGAGAAUUAGAGGUUGGGAAUUCUCAAUUUCCAACCCUCUUUCCUCUUCUUCGCUUCAUCUAUCUCUCUCACUCACUCACCACAACCCUAACACUCUCUCAGCCUCUCUCUCUCUCUGUGUGUCACUCCCUCCCUCUGCAAAAAAAGAAAUUUCAAGAAUUGAUGAAAAUGACGGCUACCCAAUUUGGAGGUGGUGCACCUUCUACCGGGUUGAGGAAUAGAACCAGUGACUUCAAUUCAGUAACUAAGAAAGAUUGGGUGUAUUCAUUGCGGCAAACGGAAGCUAAGUUUGUGGCACUAAGUAAUAGAAAGGAUUUGAGCAAUGUCAGUGCUGUGGGGGGCAGCAAUCUGUCAUCUAAGCAUAGAUCACAGUACUCGCGGCUAGUUGCUCAUCGCAGAAGGACCCGUUUUCCGGUGGUGGCUAAUCAAUUGAGUUCGGAGUUUGGUGUCGGUUGCUCUGAGGUUGAGGAAAAGGUGAUUCUUAAGGAAAUGCAUGCUCCCCUAACUGCUGAUCGUGAUGAACCUGUGUUGAGUGACAUUCCUGUCCCUGAAGCAUAUUCUCCAAAUGUGAAACGCGAGCUGCUGAUGCUUUCCGUACCUGCAAUUGUGGGUCAGGCAAUUGAUCCCAUAGCAAUGCUGAUGGAGACUGCUUAUAUUGGUAGACUGGGCUCUGUGGAGUUGGCCUCAGCUGGUGUAUCAAUGAACAUCUUUAAUUAUAUAUCAAAACUAUUUAAUAUCCCUCUCCUCAGUGUUGCUACAUCUUUUGUGGCUGAAGACAUUGCAAAGUCUGCAAGUAAAGCUUCUACUAUAGAAAAUGCUUAUGAAGAAAUUACUAAUGGAAAAUCUGUACCUGCUGAGAGAAAGCAAUUAUCUUCGGUGUCAACAGCCUUACUUUUAGCACUUGGCAUCGGCAUGUUUGAGGCGCUAGCCUUGUCUUUGGGAUCUGGGUUGUUUCUGAAUAUGAUGGGGAUAUCAUCAAACUCUCCUAUGCACAUUCCGGCAAAAAGGUUUCUCAUAAUAAGAGCAUUUGGUGCUCCUGCAGUUGUAGCAUCUUUGGCUCUUCAAGGAGUUUUCCGUGGUUUUAAGGAUACAACAACUCCAGUACUAUGUUUAGGUAUUGGUAAUCUUUUAGCUGCGUUCUUGUUACCAACACUAAUAUAUUAUUUUCGUUUGGGUGUAACUGGUGCAGCAAUGUCUACUGUUAUAUCUCAAUACACCGUCACAUUUUUAAUGAUCUGGUUUUUAAAUAAGAAAGCAGUACUAUUGCCUCCAAAGAUGGGAUCAUUGCAAUUUGGUGGAUACAUAAAGUCUGGUGGUUUUCUUCUGGGAAGAACUCUUGCUGUUCUCACGACCAUGACAUUAGGAACAUCAAUGGCUGCUCGUCAAGGUCCAGUAGCUAUGGCUGCUCAUCAGAUAUGUAUACAAGUAUGGUUGGCUGUAUCCCUUCUAACUGAUGCACUUGCUACAUCUGGUCAGGCCCUGAUUGCGAGUUAUUCAUCAAAAGGCGAAUACAAAAUUGUUAAAGAGAUUACUGACUUCAUGCUGAAGAUAGGAUUGUUUAUAGGUGUUUCAUUGGCUGUAAUUCUGGGAACAUCUUUUGGUUCUAUAGCGACCUUGUUCACCAAGGAUGCUGCAGUAUUGGAGAUCCUUAGAUCUGGGGUAUUGUUUGUCAGUGCUAGUCAACCUUUGACUUCUUUAGCUUAUGUUUUCGAUGGUCUCCAUUAUGGUGUUUCAGAUUUUGCAUAUGCAGCUCGUGCCAUGAUGGUCGUGGGUGCAAUAUCUUCUGUAUUUCUGCUAUAUGCUCCUUCUGUUAUCGGUCUUUCUGGGGUUUGGUUGGGUUUGACUCUCUUCAUGGGCUUGCGUGCUGUGGCUGGAUUUGUCAGAUUGCUUUCAAAAUCAGGUCCAUGGUGGUUCCUGCAUAGGGACACUGAGACAUCUCAGGGAUUGACCAAACGCUUAAAGAAAGUUAGCAAGACGAUCGAUCAACUCCUGGAGAAGAUAAUAGACGAGCAUGAACAAGUUGCCAACACUAGGACUGGGAAACAAGGCCAUAAGGAUUUUGUAGACGUGUUGCUUUCGUUAACGAACCAACAGUUGAACCCGAAUGAUGAGCAAGUAUACUUUCUUGAUCGAACAAAUGUGAAAGCCAUCUUACUAGACAUGAUCACGGCGGCUUUUGAUACUUCGGCCGCAUCGAUUGUUUGGAGCCUUGCCGAGCUCUUGAGGCAUCCAAGGAUCAUGAAGAAUCUCCAAGAAGAGCUCCAAAGUGUGGUUGGUAUGGACCGAAUGGUGGAAGAAUCUGAUUUGCCCAAGCUGGAUUACUUGAGUAUGGUGGUGAAGGAGAGCUUCAGACUACACCCAGUUGCACCGUUACUAAUCCCACAUGAAUCCAUCGAGGACAUUACAAUCGAUGGAUAUGACAUUCCCAAGAAGUCGCGGAUCAUAGUAAACAUCUGGAGCAUUGGAAGAGAUCCUAAUGUUUGGUCCGAAAAUGUUGAAGAAUUUUAUCCUGAAAGGUUCAUGAACAGCAAUAUAGACCUCCGGGGACAUGACUUUCAACUCAUCCCAUUUGGGUCUGGGCGCAGAGGGUGUCCAGGUAUGCAAUUAGGACUAACCACAGUUCGACUAGUUUUGGCACAGCUGGUGCACUGCUUUAACUGGGAGCUCCCAAAUGGCUUGGUACCUCAAGACUUGGACAUGUCUGAGGAUUUCGGCUUAUCACUGUCAAAAGCCAAACGCUUGCUUGCUAAGCCAACGUACCGUCUUAUGUAGGUUACUUUUUCAAUGUAAUCUUUUGAUUAUGGAAUCUUAUGUAGUGUGUUGGAUCUCAACAAACAUUCAUCCAUAGUUUGUUGGAUCUCAACAAGCAUUUAUCCAUCUGUCAUUCUGCAGCUUCAAGAAAUGUGCGGAAUGCAAUUGGUAAAAUGAUUUCAUCAGUAAUAUUGUUUGCAUCAUGAAUCAA